AUGGAUAGGAAGAUGCUGAUCUUUGUGGUGCAGUAUAUUUACAGCAUUGUGCAUAAAAAUAAUUUCCAAAUUUCCCACGGAAUUGCCACUGAUUCCGUGGGAAGUUUCUCUGGGAAACCCGUGGGAAAUUUCCCACCACGUCUCUGGGAAGAUAUUUCCCACCAGCCAGAUGAAGGUAACAGAAACAAAUCCAAAGAAUCAAAACUAAUUAAGUUUGGCCACUCCUCUCAUGAAGAGAAAAAGGUGGGCAAGACACAGGAUGAGAAAAAAUCUAGGCCUCGAAGAAUGAGAGAGUUCCACAAUAUCAAGAUUAGUCAGGUUGAGUUACUUGUUACAUGUGAAGGAUCAAGAUUUGCUGUGAGUGAUUUAAGAUUACUGAUGGAUACAUUCCAUCGUGUUGAAUUUACUGGAACCUGGCGGAGGCUAUUCUCAAGAGUUAAGAAACACAUCAUAUGGGGAGUCCUAAAAUCACUAACAGGAAUGCAGGGCAAGAAGUUUAAAGAUAAAGCACAUAAUCAAAGGGAAGCUGGUGUUGCUGGUGUCCCCGAUAUUGAUCUUAAUCUCAGUGAUAGUGAUGGUGGUUCAGCCGGAAAAUCCGGAGCAGAACCCUUUAUCCUGGCCUAA